UCAGGCUUUAUUCCUGAACAAUCCUUUUUAAACUGCUACUUGUCAUCUCUUUCUUACUCUAUAUAAACUGGUUGCUUGUUCUCUCUUUUCUGAUCGAAUUAAGGAGGUAGGUUAAUUAAUGUCACGUCCAAUGGCCACCGAUGUAGUUCCCAAGCCAUCGAAAUGGUUCUCUAACAAAAGUCUCAGGGUAAGCCUCCAUCGCCGUGGAUCAAAGUCUGGCUCAGUACUGAGCUCUCCUGGAUCUCCAAGAUCUCCUGUGCCACCACGUACACCCAAGUGCGGCACUAGGGAAGACGAGUUCAGGGAAGUUUUUCGUUAUUUUGAUGAAGAUCGGGACGGCAAAAUCUCUGCGGUAGAGCUCAAAGCAUACUUCGAAUCGAUCGGAGAGUACAUGUCAGACGAAGAGGCUCAGGGGGUGAUCGCUGAUCUUGACUCGGACGGAGACAAUCUGUUGGACUUCCAAGACUUUAUGAGGCUGAUGAAGAGAGACGGCGGCGGGGGUGAGGAUCAGGACUUGAAGAAGGCGUUUGAGAUGUUUGAGUGGGAGAAAGGGUCAGGGUGCAUCACCCCCAAGGGCCUCCAGAGAAUGUUGCAACGCCUCGGGGACAACAAAUCAUUCGAUGAGUGCAAGGCCAUGAUUCAAGUCUACGACAUCGAUGGCAACGGAGUGCUUGAUUUUAACGAGUUUCACCAAAUGAUGGCUUGAUUAUUUGUUAAUCGUCUUUGUAAAUAAAUCUUGAAUAUGCACUUCUAAAUCAUUCAAGGUGCU